AUGCAGCUAGAUAAGCUCCCGCCGCCCCAGCAACCAAAAGCCAGGCAGCUCGUGCAAUACCUCUUCUGCCUGCUCCAGGAGCUGAUGAACUCGUACGGGAAACGACUGGAUGGCAAAGGCAUCAAGCAAGUCCAGGAGGCGUUGAUCUGCAUUGGCUUUCCGAAGGUUGCUGGGCAUGCUUUCAAGACCUGGCUGGACCAUAAAGCAAAGGAGGCUGAAUCUGCUGCGAAGGCAAGCGAGAACGACAAGGGGAAGGACGACAAGAAGAAGGGAAAGGACGACAAAAAGGACGACAAGAAGGAUAAGAAGGAAGACAAGAAAGACAAGAAAGAUGACAAGAAAGAUAAAAAAGACAAGAAGGAAAAGAAAGAGGAUGACGACGAAAAGGAUCUAGAAUCGUACAAGGUCACCAAAGACGUGGAUUUAGUCUGGUCCGGUGUCGGCAAUGACGAGUACGCCUUCCAGCUGAUGUACCUUGGUCCCCAUAUGGCCCGCACCGUCGGCACAGCGAAGGACCCCCUCGGCCGCGUCAAUUUCAAGCCCGACGGCUGGCAGCGGCAGCUCUUGGACGUCGUGGACUCGAAACGGUCCUCGCUGGUUGUGGCCCCGACGGCGAGUGGCAAAACCUUCAUCGGGUAUUACGUCAUGGACAAGGUCCUGCGAGAGGAUAACGACGGCGUGGCCGUCUACGUGGCUCCGUCGAAGGCGUUGGUCAACCAGGUCAGUGCUGAGAUCUACGCCCGCUUCUCGAGCAAAAAUUACCCGCCGAACUCUAGAACUGAGCUGCUCGGGAGCUUCUUGCGGGAGUUCAAUACUGCAGGAGGUGUCGCCGAACAGGGGAAAUGGAAGAAUUGCCAGAUCUUGGUGACGAUUCCACACAUUCUGGAGAUGCUGCUGAUGUCGCGCACCAACCAGGAUUGGGUAAAGCGCCUCAAGUGGAUAAUUUUUGACGAGGUGCACUGCAUCGGAGAGCAGGAGGGCGGCGUGCAGUGGGAGCACAACUUUCAAAUGAUCCCUUGCCCGUUCAUCGCGCUGUCGGCAACUGUCGCCGACCCAUCGUUCUUCCACGGGUGGCUCGGAAGCCUGGCCAAGCAGAAGAAGCUGGCGGACGUCGACCUGGUUGUUCACACAGAGCGGUGGAAUGACCUCUACAAAUUCGUAUUCUGUGAUGGUGCGCUCAGGCCGCUUCAUCCUUUCUGCGCGUUAGUUGAGAAGUCCGUGCGCAAAAAUGGCCUUGCCUCCGACAUGACCUUAACGCCACAGGAGAUGAUCACGCUAUUCCAGGAAGUCAAGAGGAUCGUUGGCAAGAAUGAUCGCUGGGAUGCGCUGCUGCCUUCAACCUGGUUUGGCAAUGAAGUGGGCUUCGUGUCGAAAGGCGACGCCCGCAAAUACGAGAGACGCAUGAAAGAGCUCUUCCUCGAGCUUCUGACAGAAAACACGAUCAACAGCGAGCGCUUCUCAGAUCUGGGGAUGACGCUACAGAGCACGCCCGAGCUCGAUGUCGAGAUGCUGAGCGGCAAGAGCUCCUCUAAGUUCGCCCCACCGUCGCGUUCCGAGCAUGGGGAGAAAGCCACUGACAUGACGCAGCUUGUGCAAAAGAACUCGUAUCUUCAGGCUCCGACCCUCGUCGACCUCUGCCGCAAGCUGGACAAGUCCGAGUACCUCCCAGCGAUUAUCUUCAACUUUUCCACGAAGGACAUCGAGAAGAUGCUCAACAGGCUGGUAAAGGAGCUCAAAGACCAGCAAUGGAACAAGUACUAUGGCACCGAGGAGGCGGCCUGGAAGUCUAAGAAGCUCAUGGAGGCGCGCUAUAAGGAGUACGAGGCGAAGAAGAAGGCGUACGAGGAGGCGCUGAAAGCCAAGGGCAACAAGAACCAGGAGGCCAAGGCAGCCCGGAAGUCCGGCGGAGACGACGAGGGCCGCGGCAACAGGAAUGCCGAGGCAGCUGACACCACCCAGGACCAGAUGCUUGACGAGCCUGAGCCCCCCAUCGAGUUAGCUGACCAGAUCGACCUGGAGUUUUCUUUCCACAGCCCGAAAGCUUUGGGCCAGUGGCAGGAGGACAUCGAGGAGGAGCUGGAGAAGCUCGCGCAGAAGAAGACGCCACAGUAUCUCAUCGAUGCGCUACGACGUGGCAUUGCCAUUCACCACGAAGGCCUGAAGCGCCACUACACUUUGGCAGUCGAGAUUCUGUUCAGGCGCGGAUACUUAAGGAUUGUUCUUGCGACUGGUACACUGGCACUUGGAAUCAACAUGCCGUGCCGGUCAACUAUCUUCUGUGGCAGUUCUGUUGAGCUCAAUGGCCUCAUGUUCCGCCAAAUGAGCGGACGCGCUGGGCGUCGCGGCUUCGACUUGUUGGGGCAGGUCGUCUUCCUGGACAUGGGCUUCUCCAAGGUGCGCAGCUUGAUUGCAUCGGAGUUGCCGACGCUCACUGGGGAGUACACGCUGUCACCAGUGAGCCUGUUGAGGGCACUACAGAUGUGGAAGGUCAUUAGCACUGAUGAAAUCGUGCUCCAGUCUAAGGAACUUGAACUGCCGAGGUCCAAGGAGGAGAUCGCCAAGUGCCUCAGGCCGAUGUUCGAUAACCCUUUUUUCAAGUCCAAGACGGCCGAGCUUGAGACGCAGACACAGCACUACACGCGUUUUGCGGUGGAGUUCCUUUACAGUCAGGGCCUGUUGGACCCCAAGGGUGUCCCUACGAGCUUGGCCAACCUCGUUGUACAUUUAUUCGAAGUCGAGCCAGCAAACUUCAUAUUGAGCCGGCUACUCAGCAAGGGCCUUCUCCACAAGUAUCUCAAGGACGAGAAAAAGAAUGUGGUCAAGGAUGAUCGUUCCUCACACUUGACGGUGAAGCUUACGAGCGUGCUCGCUUGGUUCUUCUUCCGCCGCCGGUUGCCAGACCUGAUCCCGACAGAGCGCAAGCAGAGGAAGAAACACUUGCCCUCCAAGGGAUGCCCGGUGCUGCCGAAGCUCCCGUCAGAGAUAUUGGCGGAGGUCAUGAGGUACUCCGAGUCGACGUUCAAGAUAUUCCAGCAGCUCUCCUGGACGGUGGCGUCCUCACGGAAGAUCAAGCAAGGUGACCUCACUCUGCCAUUCAGCGGCAUCGAGUUCCCGGAUGAUUGGGACGCCAGGGGUGAGCCGUUUCAGAAGGGAGAGGGCAGCUUCUUCGAGGGCUACGUGGGGCAGAUCACCAGGUAUCGCGCACGCUCGCCGUUCUCGGCGGUGUCCGGGAGCGGUGACAGCUUCAAGUCGCCGCAAGAGUUGGUCACUUGCGUCAGGAACGUGUUGCACAUGGACCUCAAUGCGUUGCCCAUGGUCUUGCCCGCCGCGGGUAAAGAUGAUGCUCUCGAGGCGACAAACAGCUGGGCCGUAGACUUCAUGAUUCACGGGUCGAGAAAACAUCUGUACGAGGACAACGGCAUCGACACAACCAAGGCCUGGAAGCUGAUCAGCGAGUUCAUCGCCAAAGUGAGAAUGGCGGUCGCUGCGAUGAAGGUCUUCGCUCCCAAGGACGACAUCGUCCUGGUGACCAUGAUCGAGCUGAUCGACGAGAUGGAGGCGCGCCUCUCGCCGAAGGCACCGACCUCAUCGAAGGCGCCGCCGAAGCCCAAGGCCAAGUAA